AUGAAACCGGAGGCUUCGACUGAUUUGCCACCGGAAAUCCUGGAAAAACUUCGUAACCUCGAAUUAGAGCUUGAAGAGGGCGAUAUUACACCAAAAGGCUUCGAAAAGAAAAAGGCAACCUUACUGGAGCAAUGUAAAGCACCAUCUACCGCAGAAGAAGAGGAAGAAAUCGACUAUGGUCCAGAGCCGAGUGCAGCCGAUGUCGUCGAUUUCUUAGACUAUUUGCCAUCACCUACUCAUUCACCUCCACGACCUGCCAGUGGUGCUUCUUAUAUGGAAAGGAAUCAUCAACAAGGCGGAAUGGCUACAGCAUCUCCUGACCCAUCCAUUUACAAUCAUCCUUCAUCUGCCGCCCCUCGACCGCAAUUCACCUAUCGUCCAUAUCCUUUACAGCAACCCCAAACACAUCCUCAGCACCUACCUUUGCAACACCAACGUCAGCAACAGUAUGAUGGCGCGUAUGGUUGGCAUGGCGCUCCUCCAGUAUCUGAUAAUUAUUAUCCUGCAACGAUGGCAUCUCAACGGCCUAACCGCCCAUAUAUGGCUCCACGGGGUGUUUUACAGGGGCAACCAAUCCAAUCAUCAUCAGGUGCUCGAUACCCGUAUCCUCCUAAUUAUCCAGCCCGACCUACUAUACCUAUUCAGACGCCAACCACAGCACCCUACAGAGCGCCAUAUCCAACGAGGCCAGUCUAUGGAGGUAAUCCAGCUUUGCAACACACUGAAAUGCAUAGACCGGUAUAUAGACCCGUAUCUCAGCAUCAGCAUAUACCGAUGAGGCCACCACCUAACUAUCAUCCAGCUGGUGCUCAGGUGACGCCUGGUCAUUCUGCGCCAGGUCAGCACAUACGAACAUCUUCCUUGGAUGCCCGAGCAGAUGUGCAUUAUGUGAAUCGUGGUCCCAGUUUCAGAUAUGCAAAUGAGCGUAUGUCCAACGAAAAUAUGAUUCAUCGGCAACAACAUGAAUAA